AUGGCUUGUCCACCCGCAGCCGGCCCAGCGUAUACCACAGGCGAAUCAAUUCAGCCUCGGACGAACGCUUUUCUCUGGGCUCUUCUUUUCGCAGAAGGACUACCGAGCCACGAAGAGAACCACAAAGAGGAUCAGCGCCUGAACCUGGGUCAUCCCUCGCCCUCACGGCCAUCGCGUACUCCUCUUACAGAGGAUUCCGACGAACUCCUGUCUCAGCCUCAUCAGUCUGACUACCGCCCUGAUGCCGACGAUUCCGCCCCUCACGAAUUAGACGCGGUUGAGCCUGAGGCUAGGAAUUUGCUUUCCAGCAGCCGCAUCACAUCAGGAAUGAGUACCAUUAGACGUUUCCCUCAUGGUCUCCGGUCUCGUUCCACACGUCUAAUAAGAAGAGGCGAGCACCCACCACUGUCACAAGUAUUACAAUUGGCAGCUGCGGCAAUUGCUGCGCAAUUGUCAGGCUCAUCAAUCAAUACUACCGAUCGUUCGAGUCCUGGAGGGGAAGCCUUCGACGGCAGCAUUCAGAAUUUUGUACAGACACUACAAGAAGCUGCAAGUGCUCAGGCUGGUCAGAACAUUGAUUUAAAUGCAUCAGACGGCGAGUUACCACCAGUCAACUUUAUGCGUGUCUUCCAAUUUCCUAACGACGAGAAUGGGACCCCGCUGGCUGCUCGAUCAAUUCGACAUAGCACAACCGACAACCGAGAUCCUCAAUCUGUAGAUGCUUCAGAUAGAUCAGUCACCCUUGUACUUGUGGGGGUGAGGUCCAUGCCAAAUUUCAACGAUGGCUCCGCCAAUGAGAACGGCACACUCGGACCAAGCCUGGACACUCUGCUGAGUCUGCCCUUUCUACCACCGGCCAAUGUGCUGCGCAAUGGCAGUGCCGGAGCUCUCUUCCGACGCUCCGACACCCGUGCCAGUCCACAGAGUCGCCGGCAUUCUAUGACGAAUUUCAACUUUCCACAACAAUACGAGAGCCAAAGGCAUAGUCGAAACCGAGGCUUGGGUGCCACUAGAACAUCUAUCGAAAAUGGUCUUCUUACGCCAAUGUCGGAAAGUCCACCUGGACCCCAUCCACCGCCGUCAACCCCAGCAGACGUUCGUUCUGGGCAUGCCACACCGAUUCGCAGACCAUCUUCAGCUUCGGCAGCACAUGCACCAGGAUUACCAGAUCUUGAGGAAAGUCAGGAUGUUAAUUCGACGCCAUUCCCAGCCGAGUCUGCCUUCAAUACAGCACGACAGAGGAGGCGCAGUGACUCUGAAUUCGCUCGUCGACCCGAGUUGAGUUCUGGUAACUCACGUCGUAAUGGUGUGGUCGAGCCAGAUAGACCUCGUGGAAGCACAGGACGGAGCUGGUUGAUAUACGUGGUUGGAACCAAUGUUUCGCCUGAUCAUCCCGCAUUUACAAUGCCUAGCCUCUUCACCGACAAUCCAUCGUACGAAGAUAUGCAGAUGCUCUCCACUUUACUCGGACCUGUCAAGCCACCUGUAGCAUCGCAACAAGAUGUGCAGGCCGCUGGAGGGUUGUACCAUGUUGUCAGAAGUGGAAGUAUGCUCAUCGCAGAAUCAACCAACGACGCCACUGGCCAAGUGGUUACUAUAAGCCUGAACGACAGGUGCCUAAUUUGUCUGUCAGAGUACGAGGAACACGACCAAGUUCGACAAAUCAAGACCUGCAAUCACGUUUACCAUCGCGAAUGUAUUGAUGAAGUGAGUAUCGACAAUGUCCAAGAUUGUCUGAAUCGCGCACUAACAAGUACUAGUGGCUUACCACAGGCCGAAACAGUUGUCCUAUGUGCCGUGGCCAAGGAGUGA